CCCGCGUAGGCGAGGCAGGAAGUUCACCCUUCCCGCCUCCUCAGCUCAGAUUGGUUCCGGUGGCGGACGCCAGCGGGCGCGCGGGGUCACAGAGGGCUCCACGGUGGCUUUGGGGGAGGAUCUGCGGAGCCCGGGGUCGGAAUCGAGGCUGUGCCGCGCUCGCCUCGUUUGCCCUCACGUCUCUCCGGGUCUUGGUGGGAAACACUGCUCUGCUCUUAACUGGCAUCUUACUGCUGGAAGAGACAGUAGGGUCUGAUUGGGGCUUCGGUACUGGGUUAUCAAAAGCGUUCAAACACCCCCCGUUUGUAAGACGUGAAUAGGAAUGCCCGCCCUUAGUUUGGUGAGGACCUAGUGAGAUCUUACGUAAAGAAAGAGCUCAGAGGAACUGAAACGUGGCUGGUCCCUGCGGCGGUGCUUUAGUCCUGUUCUGCUGCAGUGUUUGCAGAUUCCAGUGAUCUUGGGAUCACGGGGAUCCGGGAGCCACGCCGACGUUUCUCUCACUGGUCAAAGUGAUCAGCUACUCCUCCCAGCAGUACACGUGUGAAUCUAGCAGAACCUUCUGACUCCUUGCUCCUGCCCUUUGACUGUAUCCUGUAUCCCUUUCUUUUCUCUAGCCCACGUAGUGCACGUGGGGGCACCCACGGUGAAAACAACAUUUUGGCAAGCUUUGGCACGCCCGCGUAGUGCUGUGGAUCCGCUGGCUUCGGCCGUGCGCGCCUAUGUAGGAGAUGACAAUCAAUAGAAGCAGUUCCCUCUAACUGGAAUGCCAUCUGCUUCCCACGCCAGCCUUUCAAGCCUUUCUCCAUCCUGCAAAACCCCGUUCCCUUGUCAAGCGCUCCAGGAGAAGGCUGUGAAGGCUGUUGGGAUGGUGUCCUAUCUACAUAUGCCUCGCAAGGCAGCAAAAUUCACUCAUGAAGCAUCUAUUGAAUGCCUGUCCUGUGCCCUGCACUGCUCCGGGUGUCCGGGACGCAGCCGUGAAAAAAACACCUCCCCUAUGAUAGAGCUGAUGUCCAGGAGAGUGCGAGAAGACAGACAGUCAGCAAUCGCAUGGAUGACGUGCCGUUCUAAUGAUGAUGAUAUCAACUCCUGGGGGUCUUCUGAGGACCGUAUUCAUUAAAGGGCUUAUGCGAUGCCUGGUACAUCAGUGCACUCAAUGAGUUACAGCUAUAGAAUCAUCAUGAUUAUACAGCUCUCCUCAAGAGUCAGAACCUCGCAGCUCUGAAGAUCAAGGAGUGGAAAGUUCUUCACCAGCCCUGAGAUCUCAAGAGUGGUAUUUGCGAAACCAGCUACUUUGACUAAAAUCCUUCUGGAAUCUGCCUUGCUUGUAUCCCAUCUAUGCAAGAUUUCAUCAUGGGCAAUGGCUAUUACAACAUAUUGGCUACCGUGUUGUUGGUCAUGAAUUUUGAGAGGACGAGACCAAUGCAGGAUUCUUGUAGCAAAUGCCCAGCAGGUACUUUCUGUGAGAAAAACAAGGAUCACAUCUGCAUUGCUUGCCCUUCAAAUAGUUUCUCCAGCACCAGUGGACAGAGGGCCUGUGACAUAUGCAGGCAGUGUGAAGGUGUUUUCAGGACCAAGAAAAUGUGUUCCCCCACCAGCAAUGCAGAGUGUGAGUGCAUCUCAGGAUUCCACUGCUUGGGGGAAAGAUGUACCAUGUGUGAGCAGGAUUGUAAACAAGGUCAAGAAUUAACCAAAGAAGGUUGUAAAGACUGCUGCUUUGGGACAUUUAAUGAUCAGAAACAUGGGACCUGUCGACCCUGGACAAACUGUUCGUUGGAUGGCAAGUCUGUAGUUGUGAACGGGACGAAGGAACGUGAUGUACUCUGUGGACCAGCUUCGUCCGACUUCUUUCCACGUACAACCUCUGCCACCAUACCCGCCCCUGCAAGAGAUCCAGGUCCUACCUCCCAGAUCCUCGUCGUCUUCCUUGCGCUGAUGUCAGCUGCCGUGCUGUUCCUGGUGUUCUUUCUGGCACUCCGUUUCUCUAUUGUUAAACACAGCAGAAAGAAACUCCUGUAUUUAUUCAAACGACCGUUUAUGAGACCAGUACAAACCGCCCAAGAGGAAGAUGGCUGUAGCUGCCGAUUUCCAGAAGAAGAAGAAGGAGAAUGUGUUCACACUGUUCUGUGAAGCAGCCGCUGGGACUGUCUUGAGAAGAAUCAGCACAGAAACAUGAGUGAUCCCUCUAUCGUAGCUUUCUAAAUCGAAAAAGACCAUCCUAGAUAAGACUCAGGAUUACCCCCCAAGUUUUCUCAGAAUGCUAACAGGUUGGCCUUUAAAAAAUGUAUCCCUUUUAAGUGGAUGUGUGGGACCAGGACAUUUUCUAGAUAAUGUUUAAUAGCCUUGAGAUGCUUUCUUUUCUUUUCUUUCUUUCUUUCUUUCUUUCUUUCUUUCUUUUUUUUUUUUUUGAAUUCUAAAGAGACUUAUACUUCAAAUGAAAUCACGUGGGCCAAUGGUCCACCUAAAAUGAUAAUCAAGUUUAAUUCCGUUUUGUGUGUGUGUGUAUGUGUGUGUGUGUGUGCGUGUGUGUGUGUGCUAAUAGGACAAAAAGCCAUAAGAUGCAGGAAAUACCCCCAACCAAAUCUUCCUUUGGUUCAGACAUUCGACACAAUGAGCUCUACUAAUGUGAGGAGGGAAAUUAUGACAGGGCCCAAAUUUGAGGUCAAGGGCAAAAUAUCUCAGACCUUCAGGAAGAGUUUUGGAAAGAGUUCGGAUGUCUUUGCACAUCUUGUGGUCCCCUCCACCCUUGUGUCUUCUGCUUUGUGACUCUCCUCUCUGAGACAGGGUUUAUGUUUUGUUGUUGUUGUUGUUGUUUAAUGUUUUUUUUUUUUAAUUUACUAGUGAAGUGUAAUUGACAAGCAAUGUUAUAUUCGUUUCCAGUGUAGAACAUAGUGGCUCAAUUCUGUACAUUACUCAAGCUCACCACGAUUAUAAGUGUAGUCCCAAUCUGUCACCAUAGGAUGUCAUUACAGUGUCAUUGACUGUACUCCCUGUGCUAUACUCGUCAUCCCGGUGCCUUAUUUAUUUUACAACUGGAAGUUUGUGUCUCUUGAGCCCCUUCAUCUGUUUUGCCCAUUAAAAAGAAUUGGCUUAUGUGUUUUUAAUUCUUAAAACCAUUAAACAUAAUAUUUGAUAUACUAAUCGAGGAAACGGGUAGGAAUGAACAAUUCUAGAAUGAACACCCGUGAGCCCGUAGCCCAACCAGGGUCCGAGAGCAGAAGUUGCCAGACCCCGAAGGACCAAAUCUGAGGCUUUGUAUGGCUUCUGAGCUAAACGUGAUUUUUACAUGUUUAAGUUGUGAAAAACAAAUCAAAAUAAGACUAAUAUCUCAUGACAUGUAUGUAUGUAUGUAUGUAUGUAAAAUUAAAAUUUCGGAGUCCAUAAAUAAAAUUUUAUGGGAACACUCAGCCACACUCAGGUGGCUUUUGCAUCACAACAGCAGAGUUGAGUAGUUGUGCAAGAGACUGUAUGGCCCAUAAAGCCUAAAAUAUGUAACAUCUGACCCUUUAUAGGGUCAGGGUCAGGGUCAGAGCAUCCUCUCCGUGUUGCUUUUCCUCCCUCAUCUUCUGCCUACCUCUCCACCUCACCCCCAGGCACCGUCUCUCAGGAACAUCAGUUCGAUCGAUUCCCUUGCUUUAAAAAAAAUCAUUGCUCACAUAUUUAUGUACUCCAAAACUACGUUAUUUAGUUUUGCUUGUUUUUUAGCCUUAUGACAAUGAUAUUACACUGUAUGUGACCUGGUUUAAUCACUCAAAAUUCUAUUUAUAAGAUUCAUUCCUAUAAUUGUGUGUAACUAGAAUGCAUUCAUUUUAACGAUUGUAUAAUUUUGCAAAUAUACCAUAAUUUAUCAAUGCGUUCUGAAUCAAAAGAUAUGUGAGUCAUUUGCAGUUUUUUUUUUUUGCAAUUAUAGGCAAUGUUGGUAUGAAUUUUUUUUUUAACAUUUAUUUAUU